GCGGCGAUGGACCGCUUGGCGGCGGCGCGGGUGGGCGCGGCGGCGAGCGCCGGCGUGUGCGCCCUGGUGGCGGGGGCGGUGCUGGCGCAGUGCGUGCUGGCCGCGAGGCGCCGGACGGGCCGCAAGACCAAGAUCAUCGACAUGAUGCCGGAAUUCCAGAGAAGUUCAGUUCACAUCAAGAACCCUACAAGAGUGGAAGAAAUUCUCUGUGGUCUUAUUAAAGGAGGGGCUGCCAAAUUGCAGAUAAUAACAGACUUUGAUAUGACCCUGAGUAGAUUUUCCCAUGAAGAGAGAAGAUGCCCAACAUGUCACAAUGUAAUUGACAACUGUAAACUGGUUUCAGAUGAAUGUCGAAAAAAGUUAUUGCAACUAAAGGAAAAAUAUUAUGCAAUGAAAUUGAUCCCUCAUCUCUCCAUAGAACAGAAGAGCCCUUAUAUGGUUGAAUGGUAUACUAAAUCACAUGGUUUGCUUGUUGAACAAGCUAUUCCGAAAGAUAAACUCAGAGAAAUUGUGGCAGAAUCUGACAUUAUGCUCAAGGAAGGGUACGAGACUUUCUUUGAUAAGCUCCAUGAACACAGCAUCCCUCUGUUCAUCUUUUCGGCUGGAAUCGGUGAUGUAUUAGAGGAAGUGAUCCGGCAAGCUGGUGUUUAUCAUUCAAAUGUCAAAGUCGUCUCCAACUUUAUGGAUUUCGAUGAGACUGGAGUGCUCAAGGGAUUUAAAGGAGAAUUAAUUCAUGUAUUUAACAAACAUGAUGGGGCCUUGAAGAACACAGAAUAUUUCACUCAGCUAAAAGACAAUAGCAACAUAAUUCUACUUGGAGAUUCCCAAGGAGAUUUGAGGAUGGCAGAUGGAGUAGCCAAUGUUGAACACGUUCUAAAAAUCGGCUAUCUGAACGACAGAGUGGAUGAGCUCCUUGACAAGUACAUGGACUCUUACGACAUUGUUUUGGUAAAGGAUGAAUCUCUGGAAGUUGCCAACUCUAUCUUACAGAAGAUUCUGUAAAUACGCAUUUUUCAAGGAGACCUAUUUUGUUUAGGUGCAGUUGAUGGCAAGAACUCUUCGCUCAUCAGUUCAUCUUGCUGAAAGACUCAUUAUAUUUAUGGUAUAAUCUGGCUCUUAAGUUUUUCAUUCUAUUACUGACAUAUUUUUCCAGACAUGUUCAACUUAAUGAACUGGAAACUCUGCACACCCCAACACACUCCUUACCACAUUUUUUUUUUAAAUAGAUUAAAAGAAAGUCUUAAAGCCAAAGUUUCAAAAAUAACUCCUUAUGUUUUCAGGUGAAUUUCAUAGUUUAAUGUGAUCAGAAGUUUUUUGAUGAGUCUUUUUACACUGUAAAAAGCUUAUAGAAGUUUUAAAAGUUUGAUGAAAGGUUUGGUUUAAAAAAAUACUGCCCUUUUUGGUAAUUGGAUGAGUUGUGCUAAUGAUCACCGUCUUCUGAAAUGUGUCAUGUUUGCUUAUUCUAUGUGGUAUGAAAUCACUAUUUACCAGAAAAUAUUGGCACUUGAUUUUUGAAAAACAAUUGGGUCUACAUGUCACUAAUUACUAUAAAAUGUUCUGUAGUGAUGCACUGAUAAUAAACAUGAAAUGGGAAAUCUUUGUAA